CAGCGAUUUCCAGCAUUAAGUUUGGAACAAACAGCUAUGUCCGUAGUUUUGAAUGUUGUAAAAAUCACGUGGUUACUAGAAUCCGUAAUAAUUGGUUGAAUUAUGCGGGAAAAGAAAAGAAAACAUAAUAAGCAUAAAGGCGAGCAACGAUUGUCCUGUUGUAACAGAAAAAUCAAGAAAAAGGAAGAUUAAUGUUAAUUUAAAAAAUAGAAAAAAAAUGCACAUUUUAUCAAGUCACAUUAGUGGAACAGACUGCAAAUGCAAAAGACUGGCAUGUUUUGAGGUUGUUACUGUUGAAGAAAGAAACAAAUUAAUUAAAAACUUUAACGAAUAUUUAUCUAAAGAUAGUCAGGACGCAUACUUAGCCACAUUAAUAAAAAUUCACAAUAUCAAAAGACGAAGAUCACGACAGGAAAAAGAUAAAGAAUAUUUACAUAAUUUUUCAUAUUCUUAUAGCGUUAGGGUGCAAAGAGCACAAGCAGCUGUUGAAGUACCGGUUUGCAUUAAAGCUAUGAUGUCUUUGUUUGGAAUAACAAAAUCUAGAAUUGAAUCAAUACGGAAAUCAAUUGCUACAACUGGUCACCCUCCAAUUGACGGUAGAGGAAAGCAUAAAAAUCGACCGCACAAGUUAUCAGAAAGUGACAGAGAAGCUAUCCGAAAACAUUUAUCUUCUUUUAGAGGAAGGUCGUCUCAUUAUGCUCUUGGAAAAACUAAAAAAAUUUAUUUAUCUGAAAAUCUGAAUGUCUCCAAAAUGUUUGAACUUUUAAAACUUGCUUACCCAACAGUUAAAGUAGGAUAUGAAACAUAUAGAGUAAUAUUUAACAAUAAUUUUAACAUUGGGUUUGGUUUUCCACAAAAAGACACUUGCUUGGCUUGUGAUGAGUUCUUUGUAAAUAUAAAACACAAUGACCAAGAGCUUUUAAAUGCCGUCGAUGAAGACAUUAUCAAACUUAAAAAAAUAAAGAAAGAUCUUGAAACAGAGCAUGAGCUUCACACAAGAAAGGCAGCUUUAUUUUAUAGCAGAAAAUCAGAUGCAAAAAAUAGAGCAAAAAUCUCAGACACAUUUGAAGCUAUUGCUUUUGAUUUUCAGAAGAAUUUGUCAUUGCCUAAUAAAUCCACUAAUGAUGUGUAUUACUGAAGGCAGCUUAAAUUUUUUUCAUUUAAUAUUCACAUCCUAUCAAGUGAUGAAACAGUAGGAAAAAAAGGAGCUGAUGAUGUUUGCUCUAUGCUUUAUCAUUUUAUUAUUAAUCAUCUUUCUGACAACGUUUCUGAAUUACAUUUCUUUUGUGAUGGAUGUGCAGGACAGAAUAAAAACUACACUGUGUUUCGUUUCUUGCAUUGGAUGGUCCACUAUCAAAAAAGAUUUAGGUGUAUUAAAGUUUCAUUUCCCAUAAGAGGUCAUUCUUAUAUGGAAUGUGAUCGUGACAUGGUAAAUGUUAAUAUAAAGGCUGAUGUUGAAAUCCCAGAGGAUUGGCGUCAGGUUUUCAAGAAUUGUCGAAAAAAACCUUCACCUUUUAAUGUUGUGAACUUUUUAAAUACAUUUUUUAUUAUACAUUUUUUGAGAUUUUCGGACUUCUUAAAACAAUAUUAUAA